CGAAGCGCAGGUGACACCCAACGAGGCUUUUCAACAAGCCCGCACUCGUGUCUUCAUUAUACACUCCUGGUGUCAGGAACAGAAAAAAUGCCAUCAAGCACAGAAGAUGUACAGAGACACUCCGUGCACACCCUUGUCUUCCGUUCUUUAAAACGAACUCAUGAUAUGUUUUUAUGUGAUCAAGGUGCUCUGCCACCAACUGAUUUAUCUCUAGAAAAACUGCGACGAUUAGUAAAGUCAAGAGAUCAAUAUGGUCCUGUACUUGGUAUUGUGGCUCAGAACAGACACAAAGCAGCAACACAGCAGAUGUAUGACAGCACCCCCAAUGAUCAUCCUGUUACAAGCAACACAAAUGGGGAAGCCUCAGGUCCACUAGCACUCCCAGCACCAUCAGGACCUCAGGCACCAUUACCCCCCACACCUCCCCCACAGAGCAUGGCUCUUGUUCCAGCCACACCCAGCACAGGUGCCAGUGCCAGUCAGCAGUCACUUGUUCCAAGGCGCCCACCUACCUUACCCAGACCCAAGUGGCAUGCUCCUUGGAAGCUCGCUCGUGUCAUUUCGGGUCACCUUGGCUGGGUGAGAUGUGUUGCAGUUGAACCAGCCAAUGAGUGGUUUGCUACUGGCUCUAAUGAUCGUGUCAUCAAGAUCUGGGAUCUGGCUUCAGGGCAGUUAAAACUCUCACUGACUGGCCACGUGUCUGCAGUGCGUGGCUUGGCUGUGUCACCACGCCACCCCUAUCUCUUUUCCUGUGGUGAGGAUAAGCAAGUCAAAUGUUGGGAUCUUGAAUAUAAUAAGGUGAUUACAGGCUCUCACGACUUCACAAUCCGGCUGUGGGAUCUGGCAGCUGGCAAGACCACAUGUAAACUGACCCACCACAAGAAGAGUGUGCGAGCCCUGGCCGCCCAUCCUGAGCUGUACAUGUUUGCCUCGGGUGCCCCAGACAACAUCAAGCAGUGGAAGUGCCCCAAUGGAGAGUUUGUGCAGAAUUUGUCUGGUCACAAUGCAAUUGUAAACUGCCUUGCCAUGAACCGUGAAGGCGUUUUAGUCUCAGGAGCAGACAAUGGUACCUUAUACUUCUGGGACUGGAGAACAGGUUAUAACUUCCAAAAACUUCAAGCACCUGUCCAGCCAGGUAAAGCAUUUGUGGAUUUGUUCUUACACUUACUUUUAGUUUUUCUGAUUCCUUUUUGCCCAUUUGGCACAAAUGGUAGAUUCCAAAAUGUGAAUUGUUAAAAAAGAGGAGAGAAA